AUGAACCUGGUGACUUUGGUGAGUACUUCCAAGGUCAUAGAUAGCAGUGCCGUGGAUGAGAUGAAACAAUUGCGUAACGACAUUGAUCGGAUGCGCGAGAUCAAACAAGAACCAGAGAAGCGAAAGCAUGGUAUGGGACGUUCUCGUUCGUCAUCAUGCAUGGAGCGCAUGAGUCCAGUCACCCUCACGACGGAAGAAGAGCGUCGUACACGUUCUUCCCGUCACGUGCUCAGGGACAGAUUCGGAAAUGUAAAAAAUCCCAUCAAAGAGGUAGAGCCUGGAUCGGAGGACGAGGACGAGAGCUUAUUGGAUGUUACGCACCACGCGAGGAGGAAGAGCCACCGAAAGAGGUCAACUAGAAUAGUGACCGAUUUGUCGCCCAUACCGGAUUUAAGCCGAUGUCAGGAGCCAGAUGAGCCUGUGUCACCUCGCAGUCGUCGGUUGUCAAGGAUGUUGCAUAAAGCUCCGUCCCCCCUCGAAGACAUACCUGAAAAAGAGAAUGCCAUGGACCAAACGUUUAUUUUGGAAAGGCCGUCUACUGACAGUUCGGAUUGUAAAGAUCCUGGACCAGGUAUGGAUUCAGACAUGCGGAAGUCUUUUCCUGCAUGGACACCACCUGAAAUUGUAGCUGCUUACUCCGAAAAGAAUAUCAACUACUUAUUCGAAUGGCAAUCAGAUGUCGUAGAGUUUGCAGAGGCAAACCCUUGCAACAUUGUGUACAGCGCUCCAACUAGUGCUGGGAAAAGUAUUGUAGCGGAACUUAUAGGUGGAUUUUACUUUGUAGUUUUGUUUUCUUUUUUUGUUAAUGAAAACUUUACAGCUCUUCGUUUGGCUUUGACUGGCAGGAAAGUACUCUUCUUACUUCCUUACAUUUCUGUAGCAAGGGAAAGGCUGCAUUUCCUUCAGCGAGCUUGGCGCAGGGUAGAUGUGCAGGUGGCAGCUUUUGUCGGAGCUCAAUCUGCUCCUUCACGAGAAUGGACUGCAGCAGUAUGCACUACUGAAAAGGCGAACAGUCUCAUAAAUCAUGCUAUUCUUGAUGGACACAUGACAGAAAUAGGUACACACAUUAUCGACGAGCUGCACAUGGUCUACGAUUCAUCACGUGGUGGUGUAUUGGAGUCGCUCUGUGCAAAAAUAAUUCUUUGGAACUCCCGAAACCCGUCAUCUGCUGUACGAAUAAUUGGAAUGAGCGCAACGCUAGAGAAUUUGGAAGAAGUAGGCCUUUGGCUUAAUGCGAAAGUGAUUGCGACUCAUUUCCGACCAGUUGAGUUGCACGAACGACUAUGCUAUGGUGGACGUAUCAAAGACCUUAAAUCGGAUACUCACAUAAGAGAUGUUCCGAAGAGAUUUCGAGUUGCCGGCGAUCCUGAAUGUGUCUUGGGUUUAGCAGCCGAAGGGCUUUUCUUCCGAAAGCUUGUACUCGUAUUUUGUUCAUCGAAAGCGGAAGUCGAAAAGGUAGCUCUUGAUUUGGCCAAGAUCUUGGAUGAAAUCUAUCGCUCAAAUCAAGUGAUUGCUUCUCGUCUUGAUCGGGCUGCCCUUUAUCAAAUAAGGAUGAACCUGGAGCAGUGCGCUGGCACUGUUGACACCGUUCUGGCGCAGACCCUUCCAAGAGGGGUUGCGUUUCAUCAUGCAGGGCUGACAGCUGAAGAGAGAGAGUAUAUUGAAGAUGGCUUCCGUUCUGGCGUUAUCAUGGUACUCGUUGCUACUAGCACGCUAUCCUCCGGCGUAAACUUACCCGCUAGCCGAGUGGUCAUCAAAGCGCAGACUCGUGGCCCGGCAGCUAUUAACGCUAUUACUUACAAACAAAUGAGUGGGCGAGCUGGUCGAUUAGGCCAAGUUGAAAUAGGUAAGUCCUACGAUUAUUCAGUGCAUCUGCUUACAUGCGUGAUAUGCGAAAGUUGGAUGCUACUAACAAUAAGAGGUACAAGAAUGUCGCAUUUUUGGUCGCGGAUUCGUUGA